AUGGAUAUUUAUAGAGCGUUACCAGGAAAUGAAAAUGAAUUAAACACCUUUAAUCCACCGAAUUUAUUUGAAAAGAAGAAGCCUUCUCCAUCGUUGUCAGUUUCACCUUGCCCUCACCUAUCACCGGUAUCAACGGCUGCUUCUGCUGCCGUUGUUGACAUGUCAAAAUUUCCUAACUGUUCCCAAUUGAAUGAAUAUAUACAUGCUCUAUUAUAUACAGCUUCAGUUAAAUCAUAA